CGCUGCAUGUGUGUGUGAGAGAUCAGUGAACACUGUCUUCAGGACGAUACAGAACCAUGUUUCUCCUGAGUGUGAUGAUCGUGCUGCUCGCCGCGGCUCGGGCUCAAGAUAUAGAAAUCACAGACAAUGGUGUCAUUAUGACCUGCACUGGAGGAAAAGAUGGGGAAGUAACAUGGAAUAAGGAAAAAGUACCAGUAGCCAAUGUAAAUAAUACGAUCUUUCGUGUUCAAGAUGAUUCGGGAACAGGAAUAGUUGAAGGACAGUACUCUUGUGAAUAUAAAGAAAAUGAAAACAAAAAUAUCAUACAGACAUUCUACAUCAACGUAAAAGUGUGUGAGAACUGCUAUGAGUUGAGCGGAGUGAUGGCGUGGGGCGUCAUGAUCAUAGAUCUACUGAUCACAGGAGGAGUUAUACUCAUCAUCUACUUCUGUUCUGCCAGAAACAGUGACAGCAAACCGAAGAAAGUAUCAAAUUCCCGACCAAUGAACCCUCCUCGACCUCCAAACCAGGACUAUGCGGCUCUGGAUCCGAAGAUGCGCAGCGGUGAUGGGUUGUACGCAGGCCUCAAUAAGUAGACUCUGUUCAGACGUCUGGAUUACUGUAAAUCAAACUCUGGUGAUUCAUAGGGUUUCUUAAACGCUUGUUCCUCUGUACAGGUUUAUACAUUAGUGUUCUGUUUUAUACGGUAACUGUGUGUGAGUGUGUGUGAGUGUGAGUGUGUGUGUGUGUGGAAAGUUCAGCUCAUGAAACAUCGGAAACUGAUGAUGGAAACAGCAUCUGUGCUGAGAAGAUUGUGUCAUUUCACACUUUUGAUUUCAGAAUCGUCUUGUUUACACACUUCAAGAGAAACCUUCAUGUUCUGAUGUACAACUGUCUCAUUUCACAAUAACAAUUAACUUUAGACUUAGACAAUUAUUACAUUAUAUUACAAACAUGCAAUAAUUCAUGCUUAACUAAUGCACAGAAAAUCAGGCGUUAAUAUAUAACUCAAGAAUAACUACACUGAAACAAGUAAGUGGCUAUGGCUAUAUUUUAUUUUUAUAUAUAUAGAAUGUUCAAAGUUAGUCAACUAUAUUUGUUUAUUUAAAUGUAACUAAAAUAAAUUGAUUGCAAAAUUGUAAAUUCAAUGAAUAAUUUGUUUUUCUCUCAUUUCUUUUUCUAUAUAAUCAAAAAAUUGUUAUUAGUUACAUGUGUCAUAAGCUGAAAUGCAUGGCUUCGACCCAUCGUGGUAAUUAACAUACACAUUUACAUUAUUAGUUAUUAUUAUAUGUUAUUAGGGAAUUAAUACAUUAUAAUACAUGUAACUAAUAACAAUUUAUUGGUUAGUUAAUUUAUGUAUCAUACAGAAUGUUGAUGCAGUAGUUAUUAAUAAAUGCUUUAGUUGUUUGUGAGUUAUAUAUUAACUCAUGAUUGUCUGUGCAUUAGUUAAACCUGAAGAGUGGCGCUGUGUUGUGAAGUGUUAACACACUGUAUAACUCAGGUGCUGCACUGAGAGAUAUACAUGACAAAUAAAGCUGAUUUUGUGAAA